GCGGUUCUGUGGCGGUGCUGCUGGAAAGUUUGUAUCACUCUUCAUAUUUUGGCGAAGAUACUACUCGAUAAUGUCACAAACUGCGGACAGUAGAAUAUUUCGGAAAUAUUCUCUAUGUCUACAGCAAUGAGAAGAAUGGACAUGGCCGUUACAGUUGUCGCCUAUGAGCACCGAGCUGCCGCGCCGUGGGUCUGGGGUCAGUUUGCACCAAAGCUGAAUGGAGUUCCAGCCGUCGGACACUGCGUACUGGCCUAACUACCCCCAAUAACAAACCCACCGGAGGACUCUCAAACAUUAUGCUCUCCCUUUAGAGGAUAAUUCACGGAUCUGGAUUGGAUUUAUCGGCACCACCACCACCAACAUGUCUGACCAGAAUUACUACUGGACCGUACUGCCGAGCUACAAAACUAGUUUUGUGACCGGGGCUAUGAUGAAACGGUCAAAGAGCUCCCGUAACAACAAGAGAAGGAGUUUAGCGGUCGGGACCCCUUCGCCCACACUCUCACGACCGCUUUCACCUCUCCCACUUGCAACAGCUGGCAGCAGCCCUUCAGAAAGCCCCAGAAAUGUGUCUGCCAGCACCUCUGCCAACUUCCAGUUUGCCCGCAGCCAGCUGGCCCGUACUGAAAGAGCGGAUGGCCGAAGGUGGUCAGUGGCAUCAGUUCCCUCCUCUGGAUACUGCACCAAUGCACCCAGCUCAUCUGUCUCUUCAUCUUCUUCCCAGGAGUUAUUGCACCAGUUGCCCUUCCAGCCCACUCAAGAUGACCUCCACUUCCUCUUCAAACAUUUCCGGAGCACAGAGUGUGUGGCGGAUGAAGAAGGAGCCCAUCCCUCACCCCCUGUCAGGAUCCGCUCCCGAAGCCUCAGCCCUGGGCGGACAUGUGGAACGUUUGACAAUGAGAUUGUCAUGAUGAAUCAUGUCUACAAAGAACGCUUUCCAAAGGCGACAGCCCAGAUGGAGGGUCGUCUGCUCGACAUCAUUGCAGAGUGUUCCCCCGGCACUGCUCUGCCCCUGGCGGAUGGCGUGCUGGGAUUCAUUCAGCACCAGCUGGUCGAGCUCGCCAGAGACUGUCUGGACAAGUCCCAGAACGGCCUGGUAACCUCCAGGUACUUUGUGGAGCUGCAGGAGAAACUAGAAAAGCUGCUGCAUGAGGCGUAUGAGCGUUCAGAGAGCGAGGAGGUGACCGUCAUUACCAAACUAGUGAAGAAGAUCCUCAUUAUCAUCUCCAGGCCUGCCAGGCUCCUGGAGUGUCUGGAGUUUGAUCCUGAGGAGUUUUACCAACGUUUGGAGGCCGCAGAGGGUCAAGCCAAGGUGGGCCACGGCAUCAAAACUGAUAUCCCCAGAUACAUCAUCAGCCAGCUCGGCCUCACUAGGGAUCCUCUGGAAGAGAUGGUCAAUUUGGAACAGACGAGUCCAGGUCACAGAGCGGCCAGCAGAGAGCCGGAUGACUUCGGAGAGCCCACACCUAUACAGAGCCGAGCCGCCUGCACCCCUCCUCGGAGGAAACCACUGGAGAGUGACUUUGAGACUAUCAAGCUCAUUAGCAAUGGCGCCUAUGGGGCUGUGUUUCUGGUCCGCCACAAGGACACCCGGCAACGUUUCGCUAUGAAAAAGAUCAACCGGCAGAACCUGAUGUUAAGGAACCAGAUCCAGCAGGUGUUUGUGGAGCGAGACAUCCUCACCUUCGCUGAAAACCCAUUUGUAGUUUCAAUGUUCUGCUCCUUUGAGACACGGAGGCACCUCUGCAUGGUCAUGGAGUAUGUGGAAGGUGGAGACUGUGCUAAUCUAUUGAAGAAUAUUGGUCCUCUGCCAGUGGACAUGGCCCGGAUGUAUUUCGCAGAGACUGUUCUAGCUUUAGAGUACCUUCACAACUAUGGCAUAGUGCACAGGGACCUCAAACCUGACAAUUUAUUGAUAACCUCCAUGGGACACAUUAAGCUGACGGACUUUGGACUGUCAAAGAUCGGUCUAAUGAAUAUGACCACCAAUUUAUACGAAGGACACAUUGAGAAAGAUACCAGAGAGUUUAUCGACAAACAGGUGUGUGGAACUCCAGAGUACAUUGCUCCAGAGGUGAUCCUGAGACAAGGCUAUGGGAAGCCGGUGGACUGGUGGGCCAUGGGCAUUAUCCUCUAUGAGUUCUUAGUGGGGUGUGUGCCUUUCUUUGGGGACACACCAGAACAACUCUUUGGCCAAGUAGUUAAUGAUGAGAUAAUCUGGCCAGACGGAGAGGAUGCUUUGCCAGCUGAUGCCCAGGACCUGAUCACUAGACUGUUGAGACAGAGCCCUCUGGAGCGACUGGGAACAGGUGGAACCACUGAGGUGAAGGUGCAUAUGUUCUUCCUGGGUCUGGACUGGAAUGGCCUCCUGAGGCAGAAAGCUGAAUUCAUCCCCCAGCUGGAGACCGAGGAGGACACCAGUUAUUUUGACACCCGAUCAGAGCGCUACUGUCACCUUGGCUCAGAUGAAGACGAUGAAACCAAUGAUGAUGAAUCAUCUCUAGAGCUCCGUCAGUUCUCCUCUGUGGCCCAUCGAUUCAGCAAGGUGUACAGCAGCACAGAGCACCUGUCCACCUCAACGCCAUCCAAUCAGAGUCUGUCGUCAUCGGAGCGAAGCCACAGUGAAGAGAAGGAGGAGCGUUGGGAGGGCAGAGGAGUCCUUUCACCCGUUGACGGACACAAACACUUGGCUGGUGGAGACAGGAGGGCAGAUGGACCCAGAGGGAGUCUCCGUCCUCGUGCUUCCUCCAGUUCCUCUCAGUCGGAGCGCAGCACCAGCCCACUAGUGAUGAACAGCACCCAGAGCCUCGACAUCAUGCCUCGAUUCGCCAUCUCUGCCGAGGAGGAAGAUGGGAUGGUUUCCAACCUGCGACGCAUUCGUCUCCGGAGUAACAGCACAGGUACAAGGCCUUCAUUCAGGAGAGGAGCAUCCCGGCGAAUUGCCCACCAGUUGGAGACACCAGAGAAACCCAGACCCCCGGCUGGAAAAGUCCCCAAGUCGGCCUCAGUCUCUGGCCUGUCACUCAUCAUUACUCCAGAUGACUCAGCUGGUCCUCCCACAAGCCCCAAAUCAUCCUUGUCCCUGUCGUCCAACCCCUCGUCCAGAGAUUCAUCCCCCAGCAGGGACCUCUCUGUCAGCAUCAGUUGCCUCAGGCCUCCUGUGGUCAUCCACAGCUCGGGGAAGAGGUUUGGCUUUGCUCUGCGAGCCAUCAGAGUUUACAUGGGAGACAGUGACGUUUACACGGUCCACCAUAUGGUUUGGUGUGUUGAAGAGGGAAGUCCAGCACACGAGGCAGGAUUGAGGGCUGGUGAUCUCAUCACUCACGUCAACGGGGAGUCUGUUCAGGGACUCGUUCAUACUGAGGUGGUGGAGCUGCUACUCAAGAGUGGAAACAGAGUGACUCUCCAGACUACUGCACUGGAGAACACCUCGAUCAAGGUGGGACCUGCCAGGAAAGCAAGUUACAAGGCUAAGAUGGCCCGACGCAGCAAGAAGAGCAAGAGGAAGGAUGGACAGGACAGCAGGCGGCGUAGCAUCUUGAAGAAGCUCUCCAAGCAUACGCCUCCUCCACCCAUGCACAGCAGUCGGAGUUUCUCAUCCGGGUUCCACCAGUCGUCCAGUGACAGCCUCUCCGGAUCCCCCACUCAGAGCCUCUCCCCUGGACCCUCCACCCCUUGCCGCUCUCCUGCUCCCGACCACUCAGGAGAUUCCAGUUCUUCUCCUUGCUCCAGCUCUCCUAACUCACCUGUGCCCCAGGCCCGCCCCAGUUCCCUUCACGUGUUGGGUCGUUACACCAAGGCGGGCCGCUGCAAGUCCACCAGCAGUAUUCCCCCUUCACCCCUGGCCUGCAUCCCCCCUCCUCAGCCUCUCUCCCCCCAGUGCUCCCCAUCUUGCCUCCCCAAUCACCCCAAGUCCCUACAGGGAUUCCACGGCAAGACGUUGUCCCCUCCCACUAUCGCCCGGCAUUCGGUGCGCCCUAGGAGCGCCGAACCACCUCGCUCCCCGCUGCUCAAGAGGGUUCAGUCUGCAGAGAAGCUAACAGGAGACAAGUCGUCAGGUUACCAUGGAGAUAGGAAGGCUUAUAGCACCCGUCGCCACACCAUGGAGGUGCCUCUGUCUGAGGGGGAAGGACUGGAGGACCUGGAGGGGGACACCGCCACCGGCUUUGUCUGCGUUGGCGAGCACGGUCGUCAGGGUCUGUGCAUCGGCGGGCACAGAGGACACCAGGACACGGUGGGCGGAGGCAGCGAUCUCCACCGGUCCAGCGCCUCGCCACAACACCGAGGCAGCAACCACCACUCCAAAGAGGUGGUAGUGAUGCGUAAGCUGGCCCUGUCCGAGCGGAGGGACUCGUUCAAGAAGCAGGAGGCUGUACAGGAAGUGAGCUUCGAUGACUUGGAGGAGAAAGAGGCGACGCCGAGCCCCACGUUUCCUGUCACGCAGCCAAAGGCAUUCAAAGCAUCCUGGAUCAACUCAGCCCAGUCAGAGUCUAGUCUGAAGCUGGAUGGAAGAGGAUCACAAAGUACGACACCGCAGAAAGCCAAGUCAAAAGAGAAAGAAGGGUUUUAAUUGGUUCACUUUGCCAGGGAUUAAACGUAGCUCAACAUGGAAUGGAAUCUCAAUCAGGACGAGGCUCAAAAGUGAAAACAAGUCUUUGACCUGCUACUGUAUCUACAUCUGAAGACAUUGCAUGUGCGUCCAGAAAACUGUGACCAAGUCUCAAAUCAUUACAAGCAUCUGAAGGCAGAAGAACAAACAAAUAAGGUUUUUCAGUAAUAUAUGCAUCCUGCAACACUGUUAACAGAUUAAUGACUGCCAUACUAUGUUUACUUCCGUUUUGCUUGUUCUCUCUUGGUUCUGAAAUCACUGUGGCACCUGUAAUUGAUAUAUUUUGUAAAUAUUUUUUGUUUUAAAUGAAGAAACUUAUUUAUGACUUUUUAUGCUCAUCUUACUUUUUUUUUCUUUUUUGUUGCUGAAAACGCCUUGGGUGCGUUCUUCUCAGCUGUUCUUAUUUCAGGAAUUGCACAAAGUGAAUGCCAUGAAAGUCACAUGUGGCUUUACAGUAGGUGCAGAAAACCAGAGUUAACACCAUUCAGUACUUCAGUUUUUAUAUACCACAAUGCCUGUCUGAAAUUAAGUGUAGUGUUGUGUUUUCUGAUUGGACCUUUGAAACUAACUGACUGUGUUUAUCCUGCAACGUAUAGUGUAUCAUUACGGCGUUAAUCUAUGCUGCCUCUCAGAUUGUCAUACAUAUUGUAGUGGUGAACAUUGGGACGCAAAAAUAUCAACAUCACAAUACUCUGAAGCCUAGCUGUGGUGCCAAAGUAUGGUUCAGCCAUAGAAAAGAGGUACUGUAGUUGUACAUAAGAAGCUUUGUGCAUGUUGGGCUCAAAGACGCUACUUCUGUUAUUUAAAAAAAAAGGAAAAAGUGCGUCAAUGUAAGGGUUAGUUCAGUUUUUAUU